CCUUAAUUGGAUCAAGCAUAACAUCAGGAGACACAGGUUCAAGUUAUUCAGUACUUAUUGGCCGAGAUGAAGCUGUUAGAUGAAGACAUUGCGUUCCAUUCAAACAUACCUGUGCCACUGGAUAUAACGGUGGCUGUGGUCUACUCUGUUUUUGGAGUAUGUUCACUUUUUGGCAAUAGCACAUUGCUGUAUGUCUCCUACAAGAAAAAGCACCUCCUCAAGCCUGCAGAGUACUUCAUCAUCAACCUAGCUGUUAGUGACUUGGGCCUGACUCUGUCACUCUACCCUAUGGCGAUAACUUCAAGUUUCUACCACAGGUGGCUAUAUGGGAAAACAGUGUGCUCCAUAUAUGCUUUUUGUGGCAUGUUGUUUGGCAUCUGCAGUCUGACCACUCUAACCCUGCUAAGCAUGGUGUGCUUUGUGAAAGUAUGUUAUCCACUCUAUGGAAACAGGUUUAAUUCUAUUCAUGGCCGUCUGCUCAUUGUCUGUGCUUGGGUCUAUGCCCUGUUGUUUGCCUGCUCCCCGCUGGCCCACUGGGGGGAAUACGGGCCAGAGCCUUAUGGAACAGCCUGUUGCAUUGACUGGCGCCUGUCCAAUCAGCACACCACAGCACGCUCCUACACUGUGGCACUGUUCAUCUUCUGCUACAUCCUUCCAUGCUGUGUUAUCAUAGCAUCCUACACAGGAAUUCUUCUCACAGUGCAUGCAUCCCGCAAGACUAUGGAGAGGCAUGCAUCGAGACAGACACACAUGAGCAGCAUCCAGGCAAUUAUUGUCAAGCUAAGUGUUGCUGUCUGCAUUGGUUUCUUUGCGGCGUGGAGUCCAUAUGCUGUGGUGUCCAUGUGGGCUGCCUUUGGACGCAUUGAGAACAUCCCUCCUCUGGCAUUCGCCAUGCCAGCCAUGUUUGCCAAGUCCUCCACCAUUUACAACCCAAUUAUCUACCUAAUGCUAAGGCCGAACUUCCGCAGGGUAAUGCGCAGGGACCUGGGUACUCUAUGCCACGCCUGUCUGAAGGGCUGCCUCUGCUCCCAGGGCCCAGUAAAGUGCUGCUCCAAGCCAACGAUCAGGGUUAGACUUCGCACAGUCCACAAAGAGACCAACGAAUUCCCUUCAUCCAACUCCUCUGCUCAACCUCCUAUAGUGGCAUUAAAGGAUCACAGCUGUGAGAAGUGCAAGGAUGCCUUUGAAUGCUUUAGACACUACCCUCAAAUGUGCAGUGUCUCUAACCCUGCUGCCAAUGGAGACUCAUCCAAGGAUCAAGAUGUUGCAGUUCCUCAAAUAAAUAAGCAAAAGCUUCAAAAUGUGUGCCACAAGAAGUCUCUGCUGGCCACCAUGUGUGCAAAAAGGACCUCAGAAAUAGACAACUUCCAUAUUAAUUUAGAGAUGGUUCCAGGGCACGCAAAAGUAGCUUGGCCUUGAUAUUUUUCUCUCAAUUUAUAAUGUUUACAGAAUCUCUCUGGGCAUAUUUUGCAGGUUAUGUUCUUAUAAGAUGUGAAAUUAUUUAAUUCAUAUUUUCAGGAAAUCUUCUUCAGGAAUGUAACAUAUGCUCCCUCAGUGUUUGGGCAGCAGCCAUAACAUAACUUACUUUUUUUGCCCACUGUGCAUUACUUCAGCUGGUUACCUUUUAGGUUUUGAGGCUUUGAAGUUAAAUGCAGACAGCUUUAAUUUGAAUUCUCUGGGUACAUUUUUGAAAGAGUUAUCACACAUUCCUAUGUUGCCAUAGGAAAAAUUGCAACCUUUUUAUGUUGCCUUUGUUAUAUUUGCACUUAAUGGAUCUUUGAAACGUCAAAAACUUUGUAACAGGGGUACAUGGUUUGAGAUGGAUAGGUUUGGGGCUUCAGUGGCAGACUUAAGCUCUGAGUUCAGAUACUGUCUGAAAGUUUUCAGACCCCUUGCUACAUUUUUAAG